AUGCUCUUUGCCAGUGUGUUGGUGACAUGGCUUGAGGCCAUUAAACUCACUGUGGGCUUCCAGGCUCCCUGGAACGUCUCCCAUCCAUUCAGUGUGCAAAGGCUGGGUGCAGGCCUCCAGAUUGCCAUGGACAAGGUCAACUCAGAGCCAGCGGGCUUUGGAAACCUCAGCUUAGAGUUCACUUACACCAACUCAGCCUGCAGCACCAAGGAGUACCUUGCUAUUUUUAUCAACCAGAUCCAGAGAGAACAGAUUUCUGCCCUGUUUGGACCAGCAUGCCCAGAAGUAGCAGAGGUUAUUGGUUUGUUGGCCUCUGAAUGGAACAUCCCUAUGUUUGACUUUGUUGGACAAAUGGCAAAACUGGAAGACCAUUUCUUGUAUGACACCUGUGUGAAACUUGUGCCACCCAAGAAAGACAUCGGUGAUGUGCUGCAGAAAAGUCUCCUGUACCUGGGCUGGAAACACAUUGGGAUGUUUGGAGGCUACUCUGGGACUUCCUCCUGGGAUGGAGUAGAUGAAUUGUGGAGGGUUGUAGAGAAUGAACUCAAAUCCCAUUUCACUCUCACUGCCAGCAUGAGAUACACCAACAACAGUCCAGCUCUCCUUCGAGAGAAUCUUAGGAGUGUGUCAUCAACUGCCAGGGUUAUCAUCUUAAUCUGCAGCUCAGAGGAUGCAAAAAUUAUUCUGCUGGCUGCAGAGAACCUGGGACUCAACACUGGAGAUUUUGUCUUCAUCAUUCUGCAGCAGUUGGAGGACAGUUUUUGGAAGGAGGCAUUGACAAAUCAGAAGAUGACGCACUUCCCGAAAGUCUAUACGUCAGUGCUUCUCAUCGCCCUGAGCUCCUACGGAGAAGGCCCCAGGCGCAAGGGCUUCUGGGAACAAGUGUACCAGAGGCUGAGGGGGCCGCCCUUCCACAGCACGAUCUCCUCGGAGGAGCAGGUGAGCCCAUAUUCUGCCUACCUCCACGACGCCGUCCUGCUCUACGCUCAGACGGUGCAGCAGGUGGCACAGGCUGGUGGGGACGUCUGGGAUGGACGGCAGCUGGUCAGCAGCCUGCAAGAUUCCAAUUGGACUGCGGUGUGGGGAAUCACCGGCCCUGUGUUUUUGGACUCCCAGGGGGAAAGGCACAUGGAUUACUCGGUUUAUGCUCUACAGAAAGCUGGAAACGGAUCCCUUUUUCUUCCUUUUCUUCACUAUGACAGUUAUCAGAAAGCAAUCAGACCCGCAGGGAAUUUCUCCAAUAUUACUUGGCCCCACGUCUCCCUUCCUGAAGACAGACCUGGCUGUGGAUUUUAUGACGAGCUCUGCAAAGCUGGGCCUGCUGUUGGAGGUAAGUGUGGCUGUGUGACUGCUGUGACUCUCACAGUGAUGCUCCUCGUUACCGCCUUGGGAGCUGCCAUCGUAGGGCUGAUUUUAAGGAUGCAGAGGGGAAAACUGCAGAGGCAGAAUAAAGACAUCUGGUGGCAAAUCAAUUAUGACAACAUCACCAUUCUUCCCCAGAACAAGCCCUCCCAGAGAGACACACCUGUGUUGAGAGGGAACAAGAGUAACUCAUCUAGUGCGAUGAUUUCUGCGGACCUCAGCUCCUUUGUCAAAAGCCAGCAGGGGGAAGAGCUCGUCUAUGCCCCAGUAGGGUUUUACCAGGGAAACCACGUGGCCAUCUGCUAUGUCGGUGACCAAGCAGAAGCCUGGGUUAAGAAGCCGACUGUGCUACAGGAAAUCCGCCUGAUGUGUGAAUUAAGGCACGAGAACAUUGUUCACUUCUUUGGUAUUUGCGCAGAACCACCUAACAUCUGCAUUGUCACCCAGUAUUGCAAAAAAGGAAGUCUUAAGGAUGUUUUGAGAAACUCAGACCAUGAAAUGGAUUGGAUAUUCAAACUCUCAUUUGCAUAUGAUAUAGUCAAUGGCAUGCUGUUCCUCCACAGGAGCCCGCUGGGGUCCCAUGGCAACCUGAAGCCUUCCAACUGCCUGGUGGACGGUCGGAUGCAGGUGAAGCUGACGGGAUUUGGGCUGUGGGAACUCAAGUAUGGCCAGACAUACAGAACAUUCGAUGAGAAAACUACUGAUCCCUCAGAGCUCUACUGGAUGGCUCCGGAGCUGUUGAGGCUCCCAGAGAUGCCGCGGUCAGGCACCCCAAAGGGAGACGUUUACAGCUUUGCCAUUCUGAUGCGGGAGCUGAUCUACCACCCGGACCACGGGCCCUUUGACGACCUCGAUGAGGCACCGGCUGAAAUCAUCAACCGAAUCAAAGACCCCAGGGCGUCAGUUCCGCUGCGACCGUCCCUGUGUGAGGAGAAAGGCAAUGAAAAGAUCGUGCUCAUGGUGAUGGCAUGUUGGGAUGAAUCUCCAGAGAAAAGGCCCUCUUUCCAGUCUAUCAAGAAGACUUUACAAGAGGCCAGUCCCAAAGGCCAUGUGAGCAUACUGGACAGCAUGGUGAGCAAGCUGGAAGUGUAUGCCAAUCGCCUGGAGGAAGUGGUGGCAGAGAGGACCAGCCAGCUGAUGGCAGAGAAGAGGAAGGUGGAGAAGCUUCUGUCCACAAUGUUGCCCAGCUUCAUUGGAGAACAGCUCGUGGCUGGAAGGUCCGUGGAACCAGAACACUUUGAGUCCGUGACAAUCUUUUUCUCUGACAUCGUUGGAUUCACAAAGCUGUGUUCUCUCAGCUCGCCCUUGCAAGUUGUCAAGCUCCUCAAUGACCUGUACAGUUUGUUCGAUCACAUCAUUACGGCGUAUGAUGUGUAUAAGGUCGAGACCAUUGGAGAUGCAUACAUGGUGGUCAGCGGACUUCCCAUCCGCAAUGGAACCCAGCAUGUAGACGAGAUUGCCACCAUGUCCCUGCACUUUCUCAGUGCCACCAUCCACUUCCAGAUUGGGCACAUGCCCGAGGAGAAGCUCAAGCUCCGGAUUGGCCUCCACACAGGUCCUGUGGUGGCUGGCGUGGUGGGCAUCACCAUGCCCAGAUACUGUCUAUUCGGGGACACUGUGAACGUGGCAUCCAGAAUGGAGAGCAGCAGUUUGCCUCUUCGGAUCCAGGUCUCUCAGAGCACUGCAGGCGCCCUGUUGGCAUUGGGAGGGUACGAUUUGCAAAAGAGAGGCACCAUUCCAGUCAAGGGCAAAGGAGAGCAAACAACUUUCUGGUUGAAAGGCAAGGAAAGCUUCACUAUUUCACUCCCCGAAUUUACCGAGGAAGAAGCUCAAGUCCCAGAGAUCUUCUGAGCGUUGGCCCCCAGCGCAAUGUGGACGCUACAGACGUGAGAUCAUUUCCUGGGGGCCAGGGCUGGGCUCUUGCU